ACUUCAAUUUAGUAUUACAACAGUUGAGCUUAGUCGAGUCUGUUGGAUGAAUAAAAAAUCUAAUAUAAAAAUGAAAUUUGUAUCUUGUGUUGUUGUCGCUAUUGCACUUUUGGAAGUCGCCUGUGCAGGAUAUAUUCCACAUGGACACGCCUCCAGCUAUGCUUCUGUAGUACAACAUGAGAUUGUGCCCCAUCACAGCGCUUAUGCAGUUCCAGUUAAUUACGUCGUUGUAGACGACCACAAAAACGGACACUAUGUGCAUGAACCACAUCACUACCCCAAAUACUCAUUCGAUUAUGGCGUUAAGGACUCACACACAGGCGAUCAUAAGAGCCAAUGGGAGCAUCGUGAUGGUGAUCAUGUUAAGGGCGGUUACACUUUGCUGGAAGCUGAUGGCACCACACGGGUCGUUGAGUACACAGCUGAUGACCACAAUGGUUUCAAUGCCGUCGUUAAGAAAAUCGGUCAUGCGCAUCAUCCCCAAGUGCAUUACCUAAAGGACGCCUAUGGAUAUGGUGACCACGGACAUUAUUCGGAUGGUCAUGCCAGCAGUUACGUACAAAUUAAGCAGCAUAAUUAAAUUUAUGUCAACCAAGAAUUUGUGAUAUGAUGGACGAAAAUGAUUUAAUUGCAAUGGGUCAACUCCCCGAAAUUUGAAAAUAUACGGACAAUGAAGGACGUCGAUAAAAAGAGAUUAUUGUUUAUUAAGUAUUAAGAAAUGAAACGAAAAAUGUUAUAGAAAACACUGCUAAUAUUAAUAUAAA